AGAUUGGGUGGCAGGUAAGCGGUGCAAGCGUCAUGGCCAGGUAGCCGCUGAAGCUUUUGCUUCCGGGGCCUGUCUUUCCUCUUCGACUCCGCCGUCUUAAUAAUAAGAGGGAAAAGACGCGCCCUCCCAAAUAGCUCGUGGGCUAUGGCGAUGGUGGAGGAGGAGGAGGUCCGUCUCGAAGUGGAGGCGGUCCAGGCCGUCUACGGCGACGAUUGCCGUGUGAUCCUUGACUACCCGCCACAUCUCAACGUCCGCAUCCGGCCUCGAACCGCCGACGAUUCUUCGCAACAGUUUGUGGAAGUCAUUCUUGGAAUAAAAUCAUUUGCUCAGUAUCCUGGCGAACCUCCUCAUAUUUAUCCUGUAGAUACGAAAGGCCUCGAUGAGAAUCGACAAACAUGUUUGAUUGCUAGCAUACAGAACAAAGCACAGGAGCUCUCUUCAUGCAUGAUGCUUGUAGCCCUUUGCGAGGAAGCAGUGGAGAUGCUUUCUAGUAUGAACCAUCCUGAAGGAAACUGUCCAUUAUGUCUAUGUCCUUUGACCACAGAAGAUAAAGAAGGUUCUUCGUUGCCAUUUAUGAAGCUGAUGUCCUGCUAUCACUGCUUUCACAGCGAAUGUAUUAUUAGGUGGUGGAAAUGGCUCCAGGAGCAAAAUGAGACCAAAAUAGCUCAGGAAACUACUGCUGCCGCUGCAGAAAGCCAAAGAGAACUGCUGCUGUCCAGCUCAGAUAUGCCUGCCACAGUAAAUCAGCACAAAGGAACUUGCCCUGUUUGUCGGAAGGUGUUUGAUGUGAAGGAUAUUGAGCAUGUCCUUGAUUACCUUGAAACAAAUUUAUGUCAACUGAGAUUUGCAGGAGUGGACAUAGAUGAAGAUGAUAAACUGUUUCUACAAUCAGAGUUGGAGAACAAGAGAAGGCAGAAAUUUGAGGCCUUGUUAAAAUUGCAACAAGAAAACAAUGGUCUGAUUGAACCCACAAAAAACCUUCAGAUAUUACCUGGGAUGUUUCUUCCUGAACUUCUUUCGCUGCCUCCCACAUCUGUGGAUACUAGAGGUGAACCAUGUGGAGUUACCGCUCAACACUCAACCCUUGAUUCAAAUACCUCCAUGAACAAAGCAACCACGAGCAAGCAAAAGAACACAAGCAUGAGGAGAAAGAACAGUCUUCAUAAUUCAAGAAAACAGAAAAAUGCACAACCUGCGCGAAAACAGUGGAUCAAGAAAGAAGCACAGACUUCAGAGCAGUGACAUGGUUGUUAUUUCUCUCCCCUUUUUUUUUUCCUAACAUACGAGCCCUGUUUUCCUCUUAUUUUUGUAAAAGACAAGUUAUAUUGCAAGCAUGUAGGUGCCAUAUGCCUGCUGGGCAAAACGAGUAUAUGGAGGCGCAUAUCGGGCUGCCAUAUGAAAUUUGUACUUGUUUGAGUAUUGCCUUCAUUAUAUAUUUGUGCGGCCAUUCUUUUGUGCGAGAGGGACGAGCAAAUGGAACAUUUAGCAGAGACCGU